AUGCCUCCUCCCCAAUACUUCAAGGCGGUCGUGCUUGGAGAUGGCGCUGUUGGGAAGACAUCUCUGAUUAUCUCUUCCGCCACACAAAAUUUUCCGGGUACAUAUGCUCCUUUGUGCGCGGAUGGCUACGCAAUAGACCUCACCGUUGGAGACAAAACAUACGAGGUCGUCAUGUUCGAUACUGCUGGCGGCGAAGACUAUGACCGCCUCCGGCCCUUGUCCUAUCCACAAACUGACGCGUUUCUUCUCUGCUUCUGUGUCGCAAUGCCCGCCUCGUUUGCCAACAUCCGCGAUCGCUGGGUCCCCGAAAUCACGCAUUUCUGCCCUGAUGUCCCCUUCAUCCUUGUCGGCACCCAAAUUGACCUCCGCGAAGACGACAAGACGCUGAAACGCCUGAAAGGCAAGGGAGAACGGGUAGUGGAGACUGCGGAGGGAAUGCGACGCGCGGUGGAGGUUGGGGCAGCGCGGUAUGUGGAGUGCUCAGCGCUGACGAGGGAUGGAUUGCACACUGUUUUUGAACAGGUGAGUAUCCUCGUUCUGCCUUUCUCCAGGUUUAUCGAUUGGAACCAGGCUAUUUUGGCUUCCCUUGAAAAUCCUCGGCGCGCGUCACUCGCUAAAAGCCCCAGAACCGGACGCUGUAUCGUCACUUAA